ACAAAUCCCUCUUAGAUGCAGGUGGUCGGGCACAAGCAAAGAGUUAAGUUUGCGGCCCCGUUGCCCCUCCUCUUUGAUGUUCUGACAUCAUUAGUCCGGCCCCCUGAAAGAUCUCCGCCUUCCUCAGAGCGCCUCACUUCUACUCUGGAAUGUUUACAGGAACUUCAUGAGCAGCAUCAGGACCAAGAGUUUGUCAGAGGCAAAAAGACAUGCUCUGAAGAGAUUUCUGGUCCGGGGAUCACAGUGGACGCCACAGGUGUAGCCGCCAGGCUCAACAGAGUAAUGGCUGUUCAGACUGCAAUCAUGAACCCCCAGUUCAUGAAUUUCUGCUUCCCCGGUUCCGUGAUGGAGUACGAGAUGGAAAAAAGUCUGGAUGGGAGUCUCCUGGGUGAGGCAGAAAAUGACGAGGACUACAGAGAGACCACCAGGGACUUGCUGAGCUUCAUAGACUCGGCCUCCAGCAAUAUCAAGCUGGCUCUGGACAAGCCAGUGAAAUCGAAAAGGAAAGUCAACCACCGGAAGUAUCUACAGAAGCAGAUCAAAAGGUGCACUGGCAUUAUAACACCAGGAAAUGUAGAAGCCCCGGCGAAAAGGCAGGGUUCCCCCCUGACUCAGCCGAGCCCUCUGCAGAGCAAAACGAUACCUAAGCGAGAUGGGGUCCAGGCCAACUUACAGAGCAAGAGUUUGGCAGCCCUUUUCAGCCCCGUGAAGGAUAUAAGGGGUGAAAAAGCCAAGAAGCCACCCCUGAGGCAUCGCAAUCUGCCCCCUUCCUUCUUCACAGAGCCCGCAAACUGCUCUAAAGUCAGCUCCACAUCUGGGAUGACGCUGAAGGACUUGGAACGAGGCAAUCCUGAGGCUGCAGAGUUCUUUGAGCUCCUGGGGCCUGACUACAGCAACAUGGUCACCGAACAGGACCUUUAUCAAGGCAUGCCGCUCCGGAUGCAACCAGAGCUGGGAGGCCCGGAUCCGGCUUGCUACGAUUCUCACCAUUUAGUCAGUGGUCUCCUCUACUCUGAGCCCUGGACUAGCUGCUCAGCACCCUCUAAGAAACUGGGGGACGGCCUGCGAACGGGCCCAGCCCAGCCUCCGGUCUACUGUCACUCUGAGGCUGCUUCAGGGCCCUUAGAAGACAAUGCACUGUGCACUUUGGCCUUCCCAAACUUUUUCACAGACUGCUCCGUACCUCAGGUCACUUACGAUUUAAGUGGUGGUUAUAACAGAGUUAAUUAUUCAUCUCUAUGAGAAUCCGAUAGUGCUGUUGUUAGGGAUGCUUUGUGAGAAGCAGAUAAAAUUGCAGAGACAAGUUUAACGGUAGUCUGAUAUCGCUGUAUCAUAGUAGCUUAUCUGUCGUGGAAGUAAUGCUGCAGCAAGUUCAAACUCAGAAAAACUUUCAUAGUCUUCAAAGAAACCAAUUUACUCUUCCCUGAUUCAUUUCACACCGGAUUCUGUUUAACUUCGCUUCACGUGGAUAUCAUUUACUUUAUCUCAGGCAAUUUGCAAUAACAUUCAGAGCGACAAUGCAUCUGAUUUUUGUCUCUUCAGUUUCAACAUUUUCACAUUUCGCAAAAAAAAAGGAAAAAGACGCAGAAGCAGUUGCCGGUUUGCUCCACUCCAAGAAAUCGGCCUGUGCUAGAGAGUGAUAUCACAGACAUAUCAGUCAGAGGCACUUUGCUCUUGUUAGGAACAGCCCUGUGCAGCAGCGUGAUUGGGAAAAACUAAUUUUUACUCGUGAUGAUUGCAGCAAAGUUUGAUGCCGUGUUUGCUUUACAGAAUUUUAUAGCUCUGAAGUUAUUUUCAGCUGGCAGAUCAACCGAUUGUGUUGUCUUUUGUUUUUUGUUUUUUUGGAAAAGCCUUUAAUGUAUGUAGCUGUUGUAAGAAGACGAAAUAAAGCUGGUCUUUAUUUA